GAGACACGGUGGGAGAGACACGGAGACACACCAAGGGAGACACACGGUGGGAGACACACGGUGGGAGAGACAGACGUUGGGAGACACACCAAGGGAGACACACCAAGGGAGAGACACGGUGGGAGACACACCAAGGGAGAGACACGGUGGGAGAGACACGGAGACACACGGUGGGAGACACACGGUGGGAGAGACACGGUGGGAGAGACACGGAGACAUCGCGAUGUCUCGACGUCUACGGGACGACGUGGACGAGCUGACGCCGCCGCAGGUGCCACUUUGGAAACGGGAACUCCUCGACAGACGGAGGAGGAAGGGGGUGCCUGACAUUUUGAGCCACCACCUUCAUCAGCAGAAGCAAAAGCAGCAGCAGCAGCAGCAAUGCCAGCAGCAGAAUCAGCAGCAGCAGCAGCGGCAACAGCAGCACCAGCAGCAGCAGCAGCAGCAGGAAAACCACCACGUUCAGCGCCACCACCACCACCACCACAACCGCCGCCACCACAACCACAACCACGGCCACCACGACGGGCAGCACGAUUCGGCGGCCGCGUCGGACGGCGAGGAGGUGCUGGUGCUGCAGGAGAAGCUGCGCCCCGUGCGGGAGAAUCCCUUCGUGACGCGCGAGCGUCGUCAGCGACGAGGGGCCGCCUCUCCGCCGCUGCCAUCGUCGCCGUCGUCGUCGUCGUCCCAGGACCCGCUGCUUGACCUCUACAGCCACAUCCCGGGCAUCCGCACCAUCCGCGCCGACAACAUCAUCAUCAUCGAGUCCGACCCGGACUACUACCUGCCGCGGACUAAAACGUCGGCGGGGUCGGCCGCCGCCACCGCCGCCGCCGCCGCCGCCGCCGCCGGCCCUCCGGCCGCGGCCACGAUCGUGGCCCGGGAGGUCGUGGUGAUCCGCGCGGCGGAGCGGGACGGCCGCGACGACGGGGAGGAGGCCCGGCCACCCGCCGACGGCGCCGACGGCGGCGGCGGCGGCGGCGGCUUCACGCUUCAGGGCCGCGUCAGCAGCCUCCUGUCGAGGUUCGACGGGCCCCGCGGCCGCUCCGGGGAGCCCGGCAACACGUGGGGGGCGCGGCGGUCGGCCAGCGCCGACGACCUGCUGAGGGCGGGCGGCGGCGGCGAGCGGGGCCGGGGACCGCGGGGUAAGCGGCACGGGUCGCCGGACGCGGCCCCGCGCGCCCGCAAGUCCGCCGCGGUCGCGGCGAGCCGCCCGCGUUCCCGGCCGACGCUGCCGCCGCUGCCGCCGCCAUCGCCGGCGGCGAAAGGAGGCCCCGGCGGGGGCCGCCCGGAGGGUUCCCUGGCGAACGUCGCCGCGGGCCGGGACCCGGGCCUCGCCUCGCCUCGCGGCGGCGCCGCGGAGGAGCCCGGCAGCCCCUUCACGACGCGGUCGAAGAAUUCGUUCACCGUGCACCCGGAGAAGAACGCCGGCCUGCACCCGCCGGCCACGUCCGCCGGGAACGCCUCCCCGAGGUCGCCGGAUCGGGUAAAACCGUCGCUGCCCGGCGGGAGGCCCGGGCCGCGGGGACAGAGAGGCGGCGCCGAUUCGGCGACGGGGCCUAAAUCCCCGACGGCACGGAGCUACGAGCCGCCGCGGCCGCCGCCGGCGGCGACCCAGGGCUCGAAAUCCCGGACGUCCGCCUCCCACGGCCUCCAUUCGGCCUCCUCCCCGCCGUCCUCGCCCUCGGUCCGGGGCCCCGAACCGGGGCCGCCGUCGCCCACCGCCCGCGGCCCCCGCGUCCUGUCGGGGCCCAACUUUGAGAUCCGUCCGGCGGUGCGACCGGACCCGGCCGCCGUGGCCUCCGGGGACAGGCAGGCGCGGGCCCUUGCGAGUCUCCGCGCCGACUCCGGCUACUCCAUCACCGUCAUCCCCAAGCCGCGCCGGGUCGCCGAGCGGGCCGCCGACGUGCGCGGGGGCAGGGAGCCGAUGCCCGACGCCAAGCCGGCGUCGGCGCCGCCAGCUGCCGCCCCGGCGCCGGAAUCGCCGCCGCCGCCGCCGCCGCCGCUUUCUCCCAGGCCGCCCGUCGUCUCGUCCCCCACCUUCGUCCGGCGGCCGGCCGCCGCCGCCAUUCCGCCCCUGCCGUACCAGGCGCCGCCGUCCCCUCCGUCGGCCCGGGGGGCGGCCCCUUCGCCCGUCCCUCCGGCCUCCCCUCCGUCGGCCAGGAGCCCCGGGCCUUGCCCGGCCUCCGCCGCGGAAGACGCGACACAGGACGCGCCGCUGCCCGAGUCGAACAUCGACGAGGUGAUCGUACGGCUCCAGGACGGCCCGGGGGUCCUCGGCAAGCGCGGCGGCGGCGGCGGAGGAUCAUCGGGGGGUGCCACCAUCACCAAGGGGCUGGGCAAUUCCUACCGGAUCACGCCGGCGCCACGGAAGCCGGCGGUCCCCGACGCGGGACGCGCCGAGGUGGACGCGGGGACACCGGCGGGCGCAUUGGAGAACACCCACACGCCGCUCGGCCUGCUGGUGAAGAAGCGGUUCCCGCCGGCCGACGAGAUUGAGGUGAUCGGUGGCUACCAGCGCCUGGGCAAGUCCUGCCUCCUGUCCAGCGCCCGCAACAAGAAGAUGAAGAUCUCCUUCAACGAAUCGGAGGCGAUGUUUGAGUAUCCGUCGGAGAGCUCCCUGCUGGAGGGGCUGGACUCUGACGACGACGGAGGAGGAGGCGGAGGAGGUGGCAGCUCCUCCGACGAGGGCGGAGGAGACGACGAGGAGGAGGAGGAGGAGGAGGGGGGGGGCGGGGGGAGGGGCCGCCCCCGCAAGGCGGCGACCUUUGCCCUGCCACGGCCGGAGCUGCAGAGCAGCAUGCCGAGCCAGCACUACGCGUCCGGCCUGGGUUCCUACACCCCCAAGGGCAAUGCGGCUGGACUGGACGUCUGGAAGCAGCAGGAGCAGCAGCAGCAGCAGCUUCGGUGGUUAGGGGACCUUGCGUCCAAUAGCAAUCAGGUGGUACCGGGAGAGGAGUCCGGACCCCACGGCUUCUCCUUGCCGGACGACGCCCUCAUGUUCUGACCCCGGGGACGGGGAGGGCCGUGAUGGCGAUGUUUGCUGGGCCACAGGAGAAGAAGAUUACAACCCCCUUCUUACCCCCUCCUUAACCCCCUCCCUUACCCCCUGCCUACCCCCUGCCUACCCCCUCCCUAACC